AUGGGAAUUAUGAAUUACAACGAAGAAACCAUUUUCCACGAUCAAAAAAUCAUCUUCCUCCCCAUGUUUUGCCGCCUAUCCAUCAAAGACGUCAAGCUCAACACCAUCCCCAUCUCCGCCGCCGCCGCAGCCGAUCCCACCUCCCCGAGAGUCAGCUGCAUCGGCCAAGUCAAGCGCAACAGCCGCGUCUCCGGCUAUCCCUCCUCCGCCACCACCAUCUCCCACCACCACAAACACCCCAACAAGCCAAGAAAAACACACACUUUUCCACCAAAACCCGCCGCCGGCGGCCGGGAAAGUGUGAGCCGGAGCUGCCGGAGAGAAUCAAGAAGGCCGGCGGCGAGGGGUAGCUUUGAUCAAGAAUUGUUUAGUGUUAAACCGGCGGCGGCGGCGUUGGAUAUUAGCAAGAUGGAUCCGCCGCUGCCGGUGGUGAAGAGGGCGGCGGCCGAGGCCGGGGAGGUGAAUUUGUGGAAGAGAAGAUUUGAUGGGGUGAAAAGUAGUAUGAGUAUUCAACCCAUCCGUUUGCCGGCUAAGGAAUUUCGACCGUCGUCAGAUGCGGCUGACGACGGUACGAGGUUUAUGCAGUGA